AUGCCGGAGCUUGCUCGCGACUUGCUAGGGCAAGCGCGCAACGCGGCAGAGGAUUGGGCAGCCUUCACGCCCGAGGAGAUCCCCACCAAGGGGGCGAAGCUCCCCGCGCCCUUCAGCGCGGCGCUCGAGCGAGUGGAGGGCGAGAGCAGGCAGAGGGCGCCCGAGGGCGUGAGGACGCUGGAGCUGGGCUGCGGCGUUGGGGAGCUGGCCGCGAUGCUGCACGGGCGGGGGCACCGCGUCGUCGGCGUGGACGUCAACGCGGGGGCAGUGGCGGCGGCGUCCGAGCGGUGCCCGGGCGCGUCCUUCCUCGCCACAGACGUGGUUUGCCACGGUCUCCUCGGCGCCGUGGGGGCGGCGCUGGGGGAGGGCGAGGAGAGCCCGAGGGUUUCUUCGAUUUCGCUAUUCUCCAGCUGCUGCUGUCCAUCGUGGGCGGCGUUCGAGAGCGCAGCAUGGUUCUCCGCAACGCUCUUCGGCUGCUGCGGCCAGGGGGCACGCUCUACCUGUCCUGCUCGGGCACCAGCGCCGACAUCAAUCCAUCGUACGCAAGGCUGUACGAGCAAGAUCGGGCAGCCACCGGGGAGGACAACACCUAUUUCUCCCGAGACGCGGCGGGGAGGAUUUCCAGGCGCUUGUGGCAGACCCCGCAACCGUGCCAGCGCAGCAUCGAUAUGCAUACAGGAUGGUUCUACCGAGCUCUCCCGAAGAGGCUCGGCAGAAACAAACUGUGGUCAGAUGGGGGGCAGCGACGCGGUUACGUCGCGUACCCUCUCGUUCCCCCCUACGCGUGCCCAGAAGCUCUCCAGAAGCCCCCCCCCCCUCGGCGCGACGCGUCGUGCGCCACCCCGGGAUCCUCAGCCGGCCGAGCCUCACGAGGGAGGAGCUCGAGGAGCUGCUCGAGCGGAGCGGCUUCGGUGA